AUGCCUGCAGUUCUUUCGUUAAUUGAAAUUCUGAAAGACUAUUUAAUUGCAACCACUGCUAGUAUGAAUGAACUUCAUCAUAGUAAUGAAAGUGCCUGUAGUCCUGGAAAUAAUAGUACUAUAUACCGAGUUAGUGCUUGUGAACCUCAUCAACUUAAAGACGAAUAUGUUCAAUUGGAUGAUCUAUUAUCUGAAAAAUCAUUUUACGAACAUAUAGAAAUUCAACAAUAUCUUCCAGACGAUGCUAUAAGCCGAUACAAAUUUAUGAAAGAAUAUUAUCAGGGCAAUUAUUUGGAAACAAUUAACUACAUAUGGAGAGAAAAUGAAAUAUCAAAUAACGAGCAAGAUGAAACACCAAAAGCAUGUAUAUUAACUAAAAUCCAUGAAGAGUUACCUCAUUAUUUUACAUGGCAAAUGAGAAAAAAUGUGCUUAAUAAGAAAGUUACACCAGCAGUAUUAUGGAUGCUUCAUUUUGAUCUUACUGGAAAUGCAGCUAUAACUUCGGAUGCAGUCAGUCGUGAG